AUGAAAAUUUCGUCGGUUUUGAUCUUUAGCACUUGUCCAUCAGCUGGAAAGUCCCCCUUUUCCUCCGAGGUCCGACUAAUAGACACCCGUAUCACCAAAGGACAGAACGGUUUUGGUAUAACCUUGGCAGAAGUUUUGACAUUUAUUUCGAGCCGUCUGCUUGGACUCCAUGUUCCAACAUCUCUCCACCCAGACAGCGUUGGUUUCUAUCAGCGUCUGCUACAGAUACGUCACGUUGCAGAAAACCGAGUGGUUUACAGCAUAAGCGGUCAGUCCGAGCAGCCUACUCCAGUGCGCCCAGGGGAUAUCCUUUUGGCAAUAGGAAAGCAUCGACUGGCGGGAUGUAGUCCUGAAUAUGCUGUGCGGUUGCUAUCCGGCAUAUCGGUUGGUGACACCGUCAAUAUUACGCUCCUUCGUGGCGUUUCGUUAGCUCCAAUCGAUCUUCAGCCUUCUUCGUUUACCUUCUACCCAACGCACAGUUCACCGUCAAACACGUUUUUUCCUUCAUCGAAACAAUCGGUCUGUCUAAAUCACUGUGAAAUGACCACUAAUCUUAAGAACUCGCAGGUGAACAACUGCCAGUCUCAAUUGUCAUGUUCAAUUCCCACAAACGUUGGUCCCUCCGGAAAACACAAUGAAGGUGCUGUAACCAUAAAUGCAACGCAAGCAAAUCAGUUCCUAACAACGGUAUCAGUUGCGGAGCUCUUAUGCUCAAAUGGAUGCUAUCAGAAUACUUCUUGUUUAUCUACGACAUCCCCGGAUCAGAGAAAAGCCUAUCCAGGGAACAAUGUGACCACAUCAUUUUCAAGUAAGCGUGUGUUCUGUGUUAUAUGGGGAGUUGACCACUUGUAUCAUAUCACAAACAACCAACCAAUCGAUGCCGCAUACCACGCCCAUCUAUCCUCCGGAUUGUUCCUCACUUCAGGCUAUGAGACGUCGCCAGAAGCAACAGACAUCAAACCUUGUGCAAGCUCAGUAAGCGGAGUGACGCCGAGUUCUUUGCUGGAUGGGAAUGUGGUUUCAGUCGCAGUUCCACAACAAAAUCUGAUCCUACCUGUAACACAAUAUAGCAUAAUGCCACUUCUGGUGUGUACGAGAGGUGAACCAUCCAAUCAUUCGAAAACACGUAAUAGUAGCAAAACCAAAGGCAUUGCAUCCGACCUGUCGGACACCAUCCCAGUUUCGGUUCCACUACAGUCUGGUAUUCAAGGUGUUGGUAAAAGCGGUCCAUGUGAAACGCCGGACUACGUGCCAGCUUCCCGUUUCAUACUGCAGUCUGAACUUGCUUGCGCUUCCUCUCCGGAGACUACCAACUCACUCGGAUCAUACUCUAACACGUAUUCUGCAGCAGAAUCCCAUUUGUCUCGAGGGGAUGAAAUCUCAAAGGCUACCUCACCUGGAACGUGCAGCUCUUCGAAAACUACAUCGUAUAAGGAUUUUGAAGUCACUAUGGCAAUCAUAGGUGCUCACUGUGGAUUACAGAUUUGUGAAGGCGUGGCCAGCGGAAGUAUGGUUGAAGUAAAAGCUGUUGAUCUUCGGCACGUACCAAAUCAAUCAGUAGUGCCGAAAGUCGGUGAUCUACUAUUGGCAGUUGAAGGAAGUCCUGUGCUCAACAAACCCUUAAGUGAGGUCAAAGCAAUUCUUCAACAUCACAUUGAAACAAGCCCAACCAAAUGUGUGCACGUUUGGCUUCGGCGAACUCCACAACUCGCUUGCAAUUCUCCGCCCAACCGAAUGCCGGCCAGGAUAAAAUUUCGAAGUUUUCAGACGAAAUCAAACACGCACUUAGAAAAGCUUCCCAUAGGAACCUCAGCUACUUUUGAUGUGGUGCUUGAGCGAAAAGAAAAUGAAGGAUUUGGUUUCGUAAUUGUCAGUCCGCUGGACGGUUGCAAAGCCAGUGAAAUCGGUCGAAUCAUCCCCAAUAGCCCGGCGGAUCGAUCUGGGAUGCUCAAGGUUGGCUACCGCAUUCUGGCUAUCAAUGGUGAGCGUCUGGCUGGGAUGCAUCACAGUGAGAUUGUUCACAUAAUAAGACAAAACCAGCGGAAGUUAUUGCUUACAGUACAGCGGCCUCCCAGUCCAACCAAUCAGAAUGACACCAAGCAGGAUUACAUUACGGAGUUGCCGGAAGAUUUGCUCGAAAGGGUCUCCUGUUCGAAAACACCAGACGACCAGGUUGAAUACGCAAGGAUGAACGCAUGCAAAACGUCGAAUUUGAAUACGCUCUCCAAAGAAAAUGAAACGGCUAUGCGGCUUUCCGUUGGCCAAAUACCUUUGCUGUACUGUGUCAACUUGACGAAAGGAGCUGAAGGUUUUGGAUUUUCCAUUCGCGGUGGAAUCGACUUUGGACGCAUUCCGCUCUUUGUAUUCCGCAUUGCUGAUGGUGGUCCAACGUCUAUGGAUGGUCGCAUCCAGAUUGGGGAUGAAAUAGUUGAGAUUAACGGAGUUCCAACACAUAACAUGACGCACAAGGAAGCAGUGGACGCAAUUCAGCAGAGUGGGCAACAUUUGAAGAUGCUCCUUUCUCGUCAAAGUAGCAAACUGAACGAAGCAACUGUGUGAAAACUAUUCUUGGAAUCAUUUUUGAUUUAAUAAUUCAUUUCUCAAGUCAGAUGGCC